CCCAAAUGGUCGCAUGGUCCGGGUCCGAGGUCUGAUUCAGUAGACCCCAUGGUCCGAAUUGUCCCAUCAGUUGUCUGUCGGCUGAAGCCGGGACCUCGCUAGUUCAAUGUCGGCAGUGUCGGCAACGAGUUUCGCGGAAAUAGCCGCAAAUAAUCACAUGAGGCUCGGGUUAUUCCUCGUCUGGUUGGAAACCGGCUACUUCCGUAUUUCGGACCUUGAGACAAUGGACCCUUGUCGGAAGCACAAUCAGACCACAAAUGGUCUGAUCGUGUCAAUGCCAACACUGCCCACAGCACAUACGACCAACAACCUGUCACGCGUCAUGCGAAGGUCUUGGAUUGAAUUGAAAAUCAACAAAAUUGAAUUGAUUUAUGGCUCCGGUAACUCCCGGAGGCCGUGGGAAGAGGUUGUUGGUCGUGCCAGUACAAGUCUUGCAGUACAGGAAGUCCCUGCACUUCAUUUUGGAACACAGACAGGACCUGAACUUGGCAGGUUGGAUGGACACUUUGACGUCGCUACAUACUGUACCUACACGACCGGGAGCCGCCUCGGGUUUGAGCGUGACAAGGGAGAGCCUGCCGCAAGCGGCCCUUCAAGGCGUGACACACCUCCAGAGGCAUGA